GGCCUCAUCAGCGAGUGGUUGUGUGGAUACGAACACUUCGCCUGCAAGUAUACUUCCAUUCGAGGGGAGCAUCAGAGGUCACCUCGGGGAGCCAAGAUGGCCGGAGGGUUCUCGGUGUCGGCGCCGUCCGGCGUCGAGUUCGAGGCCAAGAUCACGCCGAUCGUGAUCAUAUCCUGCAUCAUGGCGGCCACCGGCGGUCUCAUGUUCGGCUACGACGUCGGCAUCUCAGGCGGCGUGACGUCGAUGGACGACUUCCUGGGCAAGUUCUUCCCGGCGGUGCUGCGGAAGAAGCACGAGGACAAGGACAGCAACUACUGCAAGUACGACAACCAGGGCCUGCAGCUCUUCACGUCGUCGCUCUACCUCGCGGGGCUGACGGCCACCUUCUUCGCCUCCUACACCACCCGCCGCCUGGGGCGCCGCCUCACCAUGCUCAUCGCCGGCGUCUUCUUCCUCGUCGGGGUCGUCUUCAACGGCGCCGCCCAGAACCUCGCCAUGCUCAUCGUCGGCAGGAUCCUGCUCGGCUGCGGCGUCGGCUUCGCCAACCAGGCCGUUCCCCUGUUCCUGUCUGAGAUCGCGCCGACGAGGAUCCGCGGUGGGCUCAACAUCCUGUUCCAGCUCAACGUCACCAUCGGCAUCCUCUUCGCCAACCUCGUCAACUACGGCACCGCCAAGAUCCACCCGUGGGGAUGGAGGCUCUCGCUGUCGCUCGCCGGCAUCCCGGCCUUGCUGCUCACCCUGGGCGCGCUCUUCGUGACGGACACCCCCAACAGCCUCAUCGAGCGCGGCCGCCUGGAGGAGGGCAAGGCCGUGCUCAAGAGGAUCCGCGGCACCGACAAUGUGGAGCCCGAGUUCAACGAGAUCGUGGAGGCCAGCCGCAUCGCGCAGGAGGUCAAGCACCCCUUCCGCAACCUCCUCCAGCGCCGCAACCGCCCCCAGCUCGUCAUCGCCGUCCUCCUCCAGAUCUUCCAGCAGUUCACGGGGAUCAACGCCAUCAUGUUCUACGCGCCGGUGCUGUUCAACACGCUGGGAUUCAAGAACGACGCGUCGCUCUACUCGGCGGUGAUCACGGGCGCCGUCAACGUGCUGUCCACGCUGGUGUCCGUCUACUCGGUGGACCGCGUGGGCCGGCGGAUGCUGCUGCUGGAGGCCGGCGUGCAGAUGUUCCUGUCGCAGGUGGCCAUCGCCGUGGUGCUGGGCAUCAAGGUCACCGACCACUCCGACAACCUGGGCCACGGGUGGGCCAUCAUGGUGGUGGUCAUGGUCUGCACCUUCGUCUCCUCCUUCGCCUGGUCCUGGGGCCCCCUCGGGUGGCUCAUCCCCAGCGAGACCUUCCCGCUGGAGACGCGGUCGGCGGGGCAGAGCGUCACCGUGUGCGUCAACCUGCUCUUCACCUUCGUCAUCGCGCAGGCCUUCCUCUCCAUGCUCUGCCACCUCAAGUACGCCAUCUUCAUCUUCUUCUCCGCCUGGGUCCUCGUCAUGUCGCUCUUCGUGCUCUUCUUCCUGCCGGAGACCAAGAACGUGCCCAUCGAGGAGAUGACCGAGCGGGUCUGGAAGCAGCACUGGUUCUGGAAGCGCUACAUGGACGGCGACGACCACCACAUCGUCAACGGCAAGAUCACCGCCAACAAUGGCGCCUCCGUUUAACUCCAAUGCAUCUGCCGAUGCUUCAGAGAGUUCGCUCAGACUUGACUAGUGUGUAUCCAACUGCCGGCAAUGUACUUAAAGGGGGGAGAGCACGGUUCGGUUAUAAGAUUAUUAUAUGCGAUGGGGCGGGUGUUUCGGCCGGAGUUGAUAUCUUUGAUUUUCUAUAUCGUUUCGUGUUAGCAAAGCCAAGUUCGUCAGGGCCUUUGUUUUAGCGUAGCUGCUGAUGUGAGAUUUAUCAUAGUUGUGACCUGCACAUGCAAGCAUAUAUGUUCUGUUUUCCAGUGCCA